GGCCAUCAUUGCACAGAAGCAUUGGAACUUCCGAGGCAACAGUCGGUCAUUCCCCACUCUACUUCUUCGCUGGCUCUCCGAUUAUCAUCACUGCUGGAACUCACCGGCGUGAGCAGAGUACAAUCCUGAAAUUACGCCUUUCCUUACGGCGAAAUGUGGAUGUAACUAGGAAGAAGAAUCUCGAAGGCAGGCAUCGGAUUCUUCUGUUCAGAGCGUAGCCCGUGGGUUUCUGGAGCCCCGUUGACAAUCGUGAAAGUGACAAGGAAGGUCCUCAAGCGGCGAUGGCGGACAAUGAACGACAACGUGAACUGCCUCUGAACUCACGGACUUCGACAUCAGGUCACGACCGCUGUCUCACACCGCAGCAGCACAGGUGAUCCGUCGUUGUCACACUCCCUCCUCGUCAGCUCGUAUCGCCGCAGAACGGUGCGGCUCCAUGAGAAACGCCGAGCACUUAUUACUACUACUCGCCUCUCGUCCCACAGUCGAAGCGCGAUCGGAUCAAUAGACUGACGAGCUGCGGUCCUCAGAGGAGGUAGUCGGCGCAGAUUACGGGAAUCGGUGCUCCGCCUUCUGACUGCUUCCUUCCUUCGUAGGGUCUGACUAGACUGGAGGAGGAGCCUUGCGAUCUUCGACAUUUCGCUGUCGAUGUUGUGAAGAGGAACUGGGAAGGAUUAGGAGUGGUUCGGUGUGGAGAUAGGAGAUAGGGAGGAUGCGGCGAUGGGGCUUGGUAUGGGUGUUGUUGUUGGUGGUGACGUUAGGGCUGUCACUGCCGAAGUUGAUCGCCUGUAUGGAGGAUGUAGAUGUAGAUGCACCCCGCGCGGAAGUGGACGACGAUGACUUUUGGGAAGACAUAGAAGACGAUGAGGAGCCCGCGACAGCGAGUAAGAGCAAGGUUUCACGCAACUUAUUGGUCCAGCUCAACGACCAAAACUCGGAGAAAAUCCUGCAGUCGAACGAGUUUGUGUUGGUUCUAGGCUACGCAUCUUGGUGUCGGCAGAGUGCUGCUGUGAUGGUCGAUUUCACGGAGGCUGCAACCGUCCUCUCUUCCAAGGGGAGCCCUGUAGUAUUAGCGAAGAUCGAUGCCAUAGUCAAUCAGAUCACAGCAGGGCGUUACAAGAUCAAAGGUUUCCCGACCAUUCUGUUUUUCAGGAACGGAUCGGACGAAAUCUUCCCUGCAGGACUCUCGAGCGACGAGAUCGUGAACUGGAUUCAAAAGCAGACCGGGCAUCCUGCAACCACAGUGUCGUCGAGCGAUGAGGCAGAGGUGAUUCUCAGUAAGAAUAAGACGGUGGUGAUCGGAAGAUUCGAAGAGUUUCAGGGCUCUGAUUACGAGCAAUUUCUAGCUGCUUCCAUGGAGGUUUCCGAUGUCGAGUUUUUGCGAACGACGGAGGCUGGAGCAGCGAAAGCCUUCAGUGCCGCCAUGGCGGAUAGCGUUCCUUCCUUCGGGUUGUGGAAGAGGGAUGAAGGGUUUGAGACGUUCGACGGUGCUUUUAACACUGAGGAUCUCGCAGCAUUUGUGAAUCUGAACAAGUUUGAGGUGGUCACGCAAUUGAGUUCUCAAAAUGUAGGCAAGAUUUAUUCCAGCAGUGUCAAGAAGCAGGUGAUUCUUUUCGGAAGCAGGGAGGAGGUCAGUGCGGUUCGCGUUCUCUACAAGGCCGUGGCCAAGAGAUUCAAGAAUGCGUUGAUGUUCGUGUGGGUGGACAAUGCCGAUGAGGAUUUUGCCAAGCCCAUGCUGACCAUGUAUGGUAUCCCAGACGACGAAUUGGUGGUGGCUGGGUUUGACAACAGCAACGGCUUGAGGUACGUGAUGGAUGCAGAAUUCAAUGAGCAAAAUCUGGUGACCUUCGCAGAGAAAUUUGUCAGAGGAAAUUUGGACCUGCAUUACAAGUCGGAGCGGAUACCCAAGGAGAACAACGGGGACGUCAAAGUUGUCGUGGGGAAAACCUUCGAGUCCCUCGUGCUUCAAAGCCCAAAGGAUCUCGUUCUUCUAGUUCACACGCCGUACUGCUUCGACUGUGAAUCCAUGGGCAAAGCAUUUGUCAAGUUGGCGAAGCAUUUCAAGGGAGACUCCUCCUUGAUUUUUGCCAAAAUUGAUGCAUCUGCAAACGAGCAUCCAGCCUUGAAGGUUGUCAACUAUCCCGCCAUUCUAUUUUACUCCGCUGAUGGCAGAACCAAGGAGCCGGAGGUGGGUUACAUUAAACCAUAUCUAAAGAAACUAGUGAAAUUUGUAGAUGAGCAGGUACAGCGUCGCACAGCUGUCAACAGCGACCUCAGCCAGGAAGACGAACGCAGCGAGACAGUCAAGGAGGUUAUCAUUGCUCCUGAUACUUUUAUUGCUUCCACAAUUACAGAUGCAGAUAGUUCAAAGGUUGCAGAUGCUGACAGUGGAUUGAAAGGGUCAUUCUUAGAGGUUCCAUCGCCCACAGACCCUGAAUCUGAACUCAUAGCUGGCACGGAAACAUCCGCCGUGCCACCGAGGUCACAGGUGGCAGAUGCCUCAGAAGUAGUGCAUAUUGUAGAGAAAGAAAAUAGGGAUAGGGAAGUCGAGGAAUCAGACAGUUCUGAAAUAUCUCACAAAGAUGAGUUGUAAAUCGAUAUAUCGUGCGAAGUGCCACGAUAAAUAGUCUGCUGCAUGGAGGUUGUGUGCAAGCAACCCGGCAGGGCAACAGUCGCGGUGUCACGCAAGCUGGG